AUGUCGACGCCGCCAUCACAAGUGCACUACAUGAGGUCUAGUAUGGCCCGAUCAUCUCCACCACCUCCAUACCGGAUUUCAAUCCCUUCCCUGAUAUCUCACGAUACCCCUUCUCAAACAUCAUCUUCCUCUACCUCUCGCAUCCCUUCACCUUCAACUUUUUCCCUCGAUCGAGCUUCAGAAGCGAGCACAUCACGACCGUCGAUGCGGCGCUCAUCAUCCUCAUCUUCACGCUCAAGUGAACGAAGUUAUUCACCAUCAUCCAUAUAUCCAACGCCCGAUCCAUCAACUGCUCCCACCACUCCUUCGAUGUACACUCCCGUCACUCGAUCGUGGCGACCAACGAGUAAUGUACCCAUACAAGUGCAUAGAAGGCACCGUAGACGAGGAUCGGGUGAGGAAGAAGCCAAUCGAUGGCUGUCUGAAGAUGAGGGAUUAGGUUCGAGCGCACCCGGAGUAAGGAGACGGCGAAGUAGUGGGACGAGCAAUCCCAGACAUGAGGACCAGAACGAUCGCGGUGGAGAUGCUGGACCAAGUACUCGGGCGCAUAGAGGUGGAGAAGGAGAUAAAGUUCAGUCAACUGAAGAUGCCCUCAACGUUAUCAAUCAGUCAAAACGCUCUGACUUGCGGCCCCGCCCAAAUCGUGCCCGAUCCUUUGAUCCCAACUCUUGUUUUACUCAACGUAAAGUAUCUACCGAAACGGAAAAUACCACGUCUCAAUCGUCUGCGGUCGGAGCCAACCCUCCACAAAUUGAACAACUUGUUCCUCCACCUGCGCACACGGAUGUUCAUGUCGGUCUAGGUAUUCGAUCGGUAGGGUCCGAGUCCAUUCCGCUCAUUCCUCAUGUCUCACCUGUCGAUCUGGCCAACCCUUCAGUGUAUACCCAAUUUGGUUUGGUCCCCGAUUUUGCUACUGGAAGAGGUGGAGAUGGUAUCGGGGGUAUCAAUCUACCAGCAUCGUCCGGUGUCGGAGGAGAUCUUGCGGUAGCGUUGUCGGGUCUCGAAAAGAGGAAAGAGCUAGUCGAGAAGUUGCGUCGUGUGCUCGGAUGUGCUCUGUGCCCACCCGUAAACGGCGUUACCCCAACUCUGCAUCACCCUAUCACAUUGCCUUGUGGCCAUACCCUCUCAUCUAAUCACAUCACUAUCCCCGCUCCUCCGCCUUUGCGGUUGACCAAUGAACCACCUCACGAGAUACACGCAGCUCAACAUCGCCAGCAUCAGCAACGACUCGUCAUCUGGUCCAAUGUCAUGUGUCCUGUUCCCACCUGCAAACGAUAUAGCCCCACCGCUAGCCCAUCGGCUGUAUUAUCCGACGCCAGUAUCACCGGGUCCGAACAACUGCCUGUAGGGUCAGUUGGCUCCAAUGAAGCUCAGCGGAGCGGUAUCAUCAACCCAGGUGUUACUUACUAUCCACCCGCUCCACCUUUGCCCGCGCCUCCCCCUGCCUAUUCACCAGAAGCUCCAGAUAAUGAGUACAACUCCCCUUUGCUCGACAUUUGCGUCGAUAAAAUUCUUGAUCUUGUUAACAGAGAAAAGGCAUUGAUCGAAAGCGAGGAUACUCAACCGAACCAGACCGAAGAUGAAGACACAGACAUCGAUUCUUCCUCCGGUUCCGAUGAAGAAAUACCAUUUUCAUCUCAAGCUUCUCUUACCCAAAAUUUCUCUCAUCUAGCUUCUUCAAGAUCCCUCCUGCAAGCCUCUACCUCCAUGGGUCGAACUGGCUCCAAGAGACGUCGACGAGAUCAUCGCACUUCUCGUCGAAUGCCUCGAACAGCUCUCGAUCAAUCUUCAGUCCACAUCAAUGAAAGUGGAUUUGAAAAGGAGUUAUUGGGGACUCUCGAAUGCGAUGUGUGUGCAAUGUUACUUUUUGAACCUGUAACGACGCCGUGCCAGCAUUCGUUCUGCUCGAAAUGUCUUUCCCGUUCCCUGGACCAUUCCUCGCGAUGUCCUGUCUGUCGACAAGAUCUACCUAGUUUUGCAUUCAUGCAGGAUCAUGCGGUCAACAAGGUCUUACUGACAAUCCUCAAAACCGCAUUUCCUGAUGAGUACAUUGAACGGCAACAAGCAAUCGAACGGGAUGAAAGGGAUGCUAGACUGGAUACACCGAUAUUCGUCUGCACCCUUGCAUUCCCAGGGAUGCCUACAAUACUGCAUGUUUUUGAACCAAGGUAUCGACUCAUGAUUAGACGAUGUAUUGAGUCACCAUCACCGAGAUUUGGUAUGCUCCUGCCCGCGAGAGGUGUAGGUGCUCCCCAACUUCAAGGCGUGAUGGAAUAUGGAACGAUGCUCGAGAUUCAAUCUGUUCAAAUGUUACCCGACGGUAGGAGUAUGGUCGAAACUGUUGGCACUCAUAGAUUCAAAUUACUUGAGACAGGUAAUUUGGAUGGAUAUACUGUUGGUCGUAUAGAAAGGAUCGAUGAUGUCUCACCUGAAGAGGAAAUCGCCAUGGAAAGAGAAGCUGUUGCGCGUGCCACAUUGUCUCGGGCAAAAGCGGCUACCUCAACUUCAGAUCCUACCCAUGCGAAUGUUACCACUGUUUCGGAUUCAUCAGAUGCAACAACGUCAACAGCGUCGGCUUCUGCUCCGGCUCCGGCUCCGCCUCCACCUGUAUCAUCUACUCCUAUCGGUCUUUCCAUGGGUGGUCUGGGGGGCGGAAUGGAUUUCGCUGCUUUGGCUACUCAAGCAGCUUCCAAUCCUAAUGCCCCUUCUGUCACUAGUGUGGAGGAUACACCCGAAACCACGGAGGAACUCAUGGCUAUUUGUCAGGCUUUCAUCGAUCAAUUACGAUCAGGUAGUGCACCAUGGCUCUUACAGCGAUUAAACAACACAUACGGAUCUAUGCCUACUGAUCCAAGCGAAUUCAGUUACUGGAUGGCUCUGGUAAUGCCUAUCGACGAGUAUGAAAAGGCUAGACUUCUACCUAUUAGAUCACCUAGAUUAAGGUUGAAAUUGAUUGUGCAUUGGGUUGAAUCACUUCGAUCGUCUUGGUGGUGA